AUGGCCAAAUUAAUUUACCUCCUUGUAUUAGUAAUAUCUAUUAACGUAAACGCUCAACAAAGCCAAGGUAUUGGAACGUUGAACAACAACGGCAAUCAAAAUGACAACAGUGAUGGAAAUGCCAAUGUGAACAACAAUGUUAUAACAAGUGUUAACGCAGCAGUGAACAACAUACGAAAUUCUGGAGGUCUUGGCGGUCAAGGAGGAAAUUCUGGCGGUCUAGUCGGCGGUGGUGGUGGCAGCCGCAGUGGAGGCGGCAGAGGAGGCAGCCAGGGGUCUGGAGGCUCUGGUGCCGGACAAGCUAUAGGCUUACAAAACGACAACGCUAACGAAAACGAAAACAGCGAUGGAAAUAUAAAUCUCAACAAUAACCUCUUGGGUGGUCAAAAUACUGACGUGAGUAAUGUUCGAAACUCCGGAAGGGGAGGCAGUCGUGGAGGCUCUAGCGGUGGAUCUGGAGGCUCUGGCUCAAAUGGUGGAUCUGGAAGUUCAGGUUCCGGUGGUCGAGGACAAAGCAUAGACACUGACAACCAGAACGCGAAUCAAAACGAAAACAGUGAUAAGAAUAUAAACGUAAAUAACAAUGUGAUCGAUGGCGCUAACUUAGGUAUCUUAAACAGCCGUAACUCGGGUGGUAGAGGAGGCAGCCGUGGAGGAUCAGGAGGUUCUUCAGGAGGCUCUAGUGGAUCGGGUUCAGGAGGCAGCGGUUCCAAUGGUGGACAAAGCAUUGGUGUCGAUAAUAAUAAUCAAAAUAACAAUGAUAACAGUGACGGAAACCUCAAUAUCAACAACAACGUCCUCGGAAAUGGUAACUUAGAUCUGAGUCAAAUUCGCAACUCAGGAGGUAACCGAGGCAACGGUAGAGGUGGAUCGGGGGGAUCAGGUGGUAGCUCCGGAUCUGGUAGCUCUGGCAGCGGUGGUUCAGGCAACGGAGGACAGAGUAUCAACACUGACAACCAAAAUGGCAAUCAAAAUGAAAAUAGCGAUGGAAAUAUCAACGUCAACAACAACGUACUUGGUGGCGGAAACCUUGACUUGAGUAACAUCCGGAACUCUGGCCGAGGAAACAACCGAGGAGGCUCAGGUAACAGAGGCUCUGGCAAUGGCGGUUCUGGUAACGGAGGGUCUGGUAAUGGCGGUUCUGGUAACGGGGGUCAGAGUAUCAACACUGACAACCAAAACAGCAACCAAAAUGACAACAGUGAUGGCAAUAUUAACCUGAACAACAAUGUGCUUGGAGGUCAAAACAUAGAUCUGAGUAACAUCCGUAACUCGGGCCGUGGAAAUAACGGAGGAAGAUCAGGCAAUGGUGGUUCUAGAAAUGGAGGUUCUGGCAACGGCGGCUCUGGUAAUGGUGGAAACGGAGGACAGAGCAUCUUAACUGAUAACCAGAACCAAAACCAAAAUGACAAUAGUGACGGAAAUAUCAACGUCAAUAACAACGUCCUUGCAGGUCAAAACAUUGACCUGAGCAACAUCCGUAACUCUGGGCGUGGAGGAAACAGAGGAGGUUCAGGCUCAAACAACCGUGGUAAUGGACAAGGUAGUGGAAAAGGGCAGUCUAUCAACACAAUUAACGAUAACAGUAACAACAAUGAUAACAGCGAUGGCAACAUUAAUGUGAACAACAAUGCCAUAAGCAAUAUGAAUACAGACAUCAAUAAUCAGCGUAACGUAGGUCCUAAUGGUUGCAAUGGUCCCAACUGUUUUGGCCCAUGGAAUGGUCCUUGGAACGGCCCUUGGAAUGGUCCUUGGAAUCCUAACUGGUAUGGACCUUCCAACUAUGGAUGGAACGGCAACAACUGGAAUGGCUGGAAUGGUAAUGGUUGGAACGGCAAUUGGAAUGGCAAUGGUUGGAAUGGUAAUUGGAAUGGUAACUGGAAUGGUAACUGGAAUGGUAACUGGAAUGGAAAUGGCUGGAAUGGUAAUUGGAAUGGCAAUGGAUGGAACGGAAAUGGCUGGAAUGGAAAUGGUUGGAAUGGCAAUGGUUUCAACAAUGGUAACGGCUUUAACAACGGCAACAAUGGAAACAACGGCAAUUUCGGAGGCCAACAAAUUAAUACCAUCAAUGAUAACCAAAACAAUAAUGAAAACAGUGACGGAAACAUUAACGUUAAUAACAACGUCAUUGCUGGUUUGAAUGCGGCUGUAAACAAUAUCCGUAACUCCGGCGGCAAUGGUGGUCAAGGUGGUUCCAACGGUGGUCGUGGUGGUAACUCAAGAAACAACGGUGGUCGCGGUGGUAACUCUGGAGGCAACGGUGGACAACUUAUCAACACCAACAAUAACAACCAAAACAACAACGACAAUAGUGACGGAAAUGUCAACGUAAAUAACAACGCCAUUGCUAGUGUAAAUGCGCUACUUAAUAACGUUAGAAACUCAAACGGCCGUGGGGGUAACAACGGAGGUCGUGGCGGUCUCAUCGGAGGUGGUGGAAACAAUGGAGGUUCAGGUGGAAACGGAGGUGGUGGUCUCCUUGGUGGCCAAGUGAUUGAUACUCAGAACAACAACCAAAACAACAAUGAGAACAGUGAUGGAAACAUCAACGUUAACAACAAUGUUAUUGACAGCCAAAACAUUGGCGUAAACAACAUUCGUAACUCAGGGCGAAACAAUGGAAACAACCGCGGAAACGGAAGAUCUGGUGGUAACCGAGGCAAUGGAGGAAACGGAGGUCAAAUCAUCAACACAGAUAACAACAACUUCAACAACAAUGACAACAGCGAUGGAAACAUUAACGUUAAUAACAAUGCCAUUUAUAACCAAAACUUAGGUGUCAACAAUGUGCGUAACAGUAAUGGCGGUAGAAACAAUGGACGUGGAAACAACAACAACGGAAAUGGUAUGAAUGGAAAUGGAUGGAAUGGAAAUGGAUGGAACGGAAACGGAUGGAAUGGAAACGGAUGGAAUGGAAACAGAUGGUACGGAAACGGGUGGUACGGAAACGGAUGGUACGGUAACUGGGGCGGCAAGAACUGGGACACUGGAUACGGCUAUGACAGCUACAAAAAUAAUUAUGGCAAAGGCUACGGAGACGGCUACUCUACUUAUUACAUAGAUUAUGACAAUUAUGGCAGCAAAGGAAUCUACGAUUACAUUUAUUCUAAGUCCAAGUACAUUUAA